CCCUCGUUUGCGAUGUUUGUUGUUGGAUAUCGUCAAAAUAAACGAAAAUAAAAAUUCACUGUAGAAGAGUGAACCGUUUCAGUCUUAUAACAGUUUUCAAAGCAUCAACAUCGUUCGUUGUGUGACCAAGUGUUAUUUUAUUUUAAUUGUUACUGUUAACCCAUUUAUUGUAAUCUCACAACCCAAACAAAAUGAGCUCUGCUGAAUACUAUCCAUUCAAGUGCACCCCCACUGUCUACCCUGCCGAUCCCUUUGAUCCCGUCGAAGAUGCUGCCAUCUUGCGCAAGGCCAUGAAGGGCUUUGGCACCGACGAGAAGGCCAUCAUUGAGGUUUUGGCCCGUCGUGGCAUCGUCCAACGUUUGGAAAUCGCCGAAGCUUUCAAAACCUCAUAUGGCAAAGAUUUAAUCUCCGAAUUGAAAUCUGAAUUGGGUGGUAAAUUUGAAGAUGUCAUCAUUGCUCUGAUGACACCACUGCCACAAUUUUAUGCCAAUGAAUUGCAUGAUGCCGUUGCCGGUUUGGGUACCGAUGAGGAGGCUAUCAUUGAAAUUUUGUGCACAUUGUCCAAUUUCGGUAUUAAGACUAUUGCUCAAUUCUAUGAGCAAAGUUUCAACAAAUCUUUGGAGUCCGAUUUGAAGGGUGACACCUCGGGUCACUUCAAGCGUUUGUGUGUGUCCCUGGUGCAGGGUAAUCGUGAUGAAAAUCAGGGUGUUGAUGAAGCCGCAGCCGUGGCCGAUGCCACCGCCCUCCACGAAGCCGGUGAAGGCCAAUGGGGCACCGAUGAGUCAGUAUUCAAUUCCAUUUUAGUUACCCGCUCCUACCAACAGUUGCGCCAGAUUUUCCUGGAAUAUGAAAACUUGGCCGGCCAUGACAUUGAAAAAGCCAUCAAACGUGAAUUCAGUGGUGCCGUUGAAAAGGGCUUCUUGGCCAUUGUACGUUGCUGCAAAUCCAAGGUCGACUACUUUGCCGAACGUCUGUACGAUUCCAUGCACGGUUUGGGCACAAAAGAUAAGACUUUAAUUCGCAUUGUUGUCAGCCGUUCGGAAAUUGAUUUGGGUGACAUCAAAGAAGCAUUCCAAAAUAAAUAUGGCAAGAGUUUGGAAUCAUGGAUCAAGGGCGAUACCUCUGGUGAUUACAAACGUGCCCUAUUGGCGAUUGUUGGAUACUAAGAACCCAUACCCAAAAAUCUUCUACUAUUAUAUACCCCCUUCUCCUCCUAUCAAAUGUAGAUAGAAGCGCACACCCUCAACGUUUUUUGCGUUCAUUUAAGAGAAAUAUACAAAAGAAAAACCAAAACAAUAACUGCAACAACAACCAAUAAGCCUUAAGAAAAAAGUCUGCCUUCAAUUAAAAACUACUACUACUAUUACUAUAGGAUGGUAUUAUAAAAAAAAACAAAGAAUCGAAUAUUUUAUUUUUCUAAAUCUCAACACUUUUACUGUGACCAAUUGACCAUAACAUAAAACAAACAAACAAAAUUCCGUUUGUACAAUUUUGACAUCAAGAUAAACAACAAAAAAUCCCAAUGACAACAUUUACUUUUUUAUUAUUAUUAAAAUAAUUAUUAAUAAUGUUUUUUAUAAUACUUUAAAUAUUAUACUACUUCUCUAUUUUUAUACUAUAUUUACCAAACUACAAACACCUAUAUAAAUAUAGUUACUUUUUUUUCUCCUCCCAUAAAUUGUAAUAAUAUUUUUUACAUACAUUCAUGGCUAUUUAGAAAUGUGUUAUUACAUUUUUUAACAACAUCUUGUAAUUGUAUUUUGAAAACAAAACAUGCACCACCAACCACCCUCCAUAUAUCUUGAGUAAUAACUGCAAUUUUGUUAUAGCUGUCUGUUUAUUUUUAAUUUUGUUUUGUUUUUUAAUCAACUGGUUUGAAAACAUGUAUUGAAAUACUUAAAUACAAACAAGAAAAUACAAAAAAAAAAUAAAA